GGGAGUUCCUCCUUUCGCCAUUCCGGAGUAUCGCCACACCAAGGAGCGCACUGAGGGAGUCCUGCGAAGAGACCGCCUAGUCCCCUCCAGGCCUCUUCACACCUCUCCACACCAUCAUCCAGCCACACACGGUUCCCCGGCAUGCCCCAGAAGACAGGUAUCCGCUCAUUAUUCCCCCGGAGAACCGCCGCAUAUCUCCCCAGCAGCCCUGUUUGAAAGAUUACGGAGACACCGAGGGAUGCUACUGCAGCAAACGCACCCCGCACCGCGAAAAUUCUCGACGUCUACCCGAGGAACAGAAACAUUUGGUUGGCCCCUGACCGAAGCCCCUGAGGAUGUCCGACAGCGGUGCGAACAUGAACUCCGACGAUCGGCCUGUUAAAACGGUCCCCUUCCCCCUGAGCCACAGACUCUCCAUGAAGGAAGUGUUUGACUGUGAGGGGAAGCCUAGAGUAGACCUGCUCAAAGCCCACCUCACCAAGGAGGGCCGCCUGGAGGAGGUAGUGGCCCUACGCAUCAUCAAUGAGGGAGCCGCCAUCCUGCGCCAGGAGAGGACCAUGCUGGAUAUAGAGGCCCCAGUCACAGUGUGUGGAGACAUCCACGGUCAGUUCUUUGACCUGAUGAAGCUGUUUGAGGUGGGCGGUUCCCCCGCGACGACGCGUUACCUCUUCCUAGGGGACUACGUGGACCGGGGCUACUUCAGUAUUGAAUGUGUGUUGUAUCUGUGGUCGUUGAAAAUCCUCUACCCAAAGACGUUAUUUCUUCUACGGGGAAACCAUGAAUGUAGACACCUGACAGAAUAUUUCACUUUCAAAACUGAAUGUAAGAUAAAGUACUCUGAGCAGGUGUAUGACUCAUGUAUGGAUGCGUUUGACUGCUUGCCGCUGGCUGCUCUGAUGAACCAGCAGUUCUUGUGUGUCCAUGGAGGGCUCUCGCCAGAGAUCCACACGCUUGACGACAUCAAAAAGUUGGACAGGUUCAAGGAGCCUCCAGCAUUCGGGCCCAUGUGUGACCUGCUGUGGGCCGACCCGCUCGAGGACUUUGGCAACGAGAAGACACAAGAGUACUUCGGCCACAACACAGUCAGGGGCUGCUCCUACUUCUACAGUUACCCUGCCGUGUGUGAGUUUCUACAGACCAACAACUUGUUGUCGGUCAUCAGAGCACAUGAAGCGCAAGAUUCUGGGUACCGGAUGUACAGAAAGAGUCAGACUACAGGCUUCCCCUCCCUCAUCACCAUCUUCUCAGCACCUAACUACCUGGACGUCUACAACAACAAAGCGGCGGUGCUGAAGUAUGAGAACAAUGUGAUGAACAUCCGUCAGUUCAACUGUUCCCCUCAUCCCUACUGGCUGCCCAACUUCAUGGACGUCUUCACCUGGUCCCUGCCCUUCGUUGGAGAGAAAGUGACAGAGAUGCUAGUGAAUGUUCUCAGUAUCUGUUCAGAUGAUGAGCUCAUGGAGAAUGAUGGAGAGGAAGAGGUCUAUGAUGCCAAUGCAGCGGCGGCUAGGAAAGAGGUGAUCAGGAACAAGAUCCGUGCCAUCGGGAAGAUGGCCAAAAUGUUCCAAGUUUUACGGGAGGAGAGUGAGAACGUAUUGACCCUGAAGGGACUGACACCCACUGGCAUGCUGCCCAGCGGAGUUCUGUCAGGAGGCAAGCAGACUCUGCAGAGCGCUACCAUUGAGGCCAUUGAAGCCAUCGAUCCUGUUGAGGACGCAGAAGCGAUCCGAGGCUUCUCUCCUCAACAUAAGAUCAAUAGCUUUGCGGAGGCCAAGGGUCUGGACCGGAUCAACGAGCGCAUGCCCCCCCGCCGUGACGCCGUCAACAGUGUGGGUCUGUCCAUGGGCCGUAUGAACAUGGGGGAACCCAACGGCACUGACAACAACAGCAAUAUACAGGGAUGAGGCACACACACACACACACAUUUAAACACUAAUUCAUACACACUCUGAAACACACACAUAGAUAUGAAGUACAUAC